CAAGCCAUGGCGGAUGCCCUGUGCAUGUAUUACUCGUGAUCGGCCUCGAAGGAGCCGCGUGGAUUCGACAUUAAAAGGAGAUCAAGAUGUCCAGAUCGAAAAGUGUUCGCGCAAAGCCUCCGGUGCCUUUCAGGAUGCGCCGGGGAGCCUCGGGAUCUGAUUUCGCGCAUCCCCGCAGACCCAUCCAACAGCCCCAAAGGCCCCAAAAGGCCCCGGCCCCCAACCGGGCCAGGCAGCAUUUGCCAAAGUGGUCCACACGGCGUCCCCGACGCCUUUACUUCGCACGCCAAAUUCAGGGUCUGCCUGGCGCCGCGGGCACUGCUUCCGCCACACAAGUGGCCCCUGUGGCCCCACGAUGCAUCGGACACUGCCCCGUCCUGCUCCACCUCGCGUAGAUUAUUCCAUUGCUUCGAAAAUUGCCAGUCGUCGGGAGACGGCUCAACGGCGCUGAGUCUAUUGCUCCCCCUAUCCCAUUGCUGCCAAUGCCCGCUCGAACGUCGCCACCAGCUCCGCCGUAUCCUCAAGUCCAACGCUGAACCUGACUAGAUUAGCCUCCACACCGUAAGAGGCCGCCUACAUGGCAUUAGCGAA